AUGCUGGGUCGCGAUGCGCAGUUGACGUCGCUGGUGGCAUUGCUAGGUGGCCAAGUCGAGGACGACCCGUUCCUUCCCAUGACGUGCAUGUCGAUGGUACCCCUCGUCGUCGUCUAUGGGUACAACUCGACUGGGAAGAGCAGCUUGGUGCGCUUGGCGCUGCAGACGCUCCAGCGUACGUCAUCGAUUGCGUUCACAGCGUUUGUCGACUGCACCACCGUAUACUCUCGUCGUCAACUGUUCACCGACAUCCUUCGCCAAAUCGAUCCCAUGGCGAGGAUGCAGCCCGACGAACUCUCCGCGUCGUUCCAGCUGCAACCCGCCGUGGAUGGAUACCACAACUUGACUUUCCUUGGGUUUCUGCAAUGCUUGACUAAGAUUGCAAGGAACAAGGGUCUCGUCGUGGCCGUCGACAAUGUCGAUCAGUUACUAACCCGGGGCAUGGCCGAUCUGCUCUCGAGCUUGCUGCGUCUGCCACACGAACUCCACGUGUCCGUACGACUCAGCUUCGUGCUUGUCACUCGCAACAUCUCGUCGCGGCUCGACAAACUGCUGUCGCCGCAUACCCCAGCGUUCGUGCACCUCCCAUUGUACACCCCCGACGACGUCGCGGACAUUCUCGUCCUGCAGCUGCGUAUGUGGCGCCGCGAAACCCCAUUCCGCGCAUGGAUCCAGUUCCUCCACGGUCUCUUCGAGCACGACUGCCACGACUGGAUCGACUUUCGGUAUCGCGUCCUCGAGUUGCUCCCUCUCUUCGACGCGCAGUACGAUCCAGAGGAUGCCACGAAUCACGUCGACAAAGCAGCCCACAAGAGCUUGGUGCAGCAGACCCAGAGCCGCGUCAAAGCGCAAUGGAACCACACGACCGCGCUGCCGUCGGCGACGACGACCCCCGCGUCCAUCUCAUGUAGCGUCCCGGACACUGCGAAACCCAUGGCGGGCAAGCAUCCGGUCCAUCACGACGACGCGAGUCACCGCGUCAACCUGCCCCGCGGCAGCCUCUUGCUCGUGCUCGCGAGCUACUUGGCGUCAUUCAAUCCCCAAGAGAGCGACAUGGCGUUCUUCACCACGGCCACGCGGCAAAACAAGAAGCGCGGUCGAAGCACAGCCACACCCAGCUCUGCCCCACCGUCGUCGUCUAAAUUAUCUUCCAAACGAGGGGGGGGGGUGCUGCCGCCGCAGCUGAUCGGGCCCAAGGCGUUUCCAUUGCAGCGCCUCUUGGCCAUCUACUACAGUAUCCACGACGAAGUAGAUCCGUCGACGACGUUUGACAGCGAAAGCCGAGUGGACAGCCGACCCAUGUCGCGGCGGGAAGCAUUUGCGCAGAUCGGCAUGCUCGUGCGCAUGCGGGUCCUGCAGCGGCUGUCCCCGCGCGACGAACUGGACGACAUCAAGCUGCGGUGCUUGGCCGACUACGACUUUGUCGAACGCAUUGCCACGCAACUCGAGUUUCCAAUCCAUAACUUUCUCAAUCGUUAA